GCAGGAAGCAGACCGCCGAGCUUCGUGUGCGGUUAGCUCGGAGCUAAAGCUAAAAACAAUUUGUUAAAAUGUCCAAAAGCCAAACACUGAGAGCUUUGGUGACUGAGCGGCUGACUGCGGCUGCUGAAGAGAUCUUUGCGCUGUUUGAAAGAACGAUAGCGGAGUAUGAGGAGGAAGUGUGUCGCUCCAAAGAGGAGAACCAGAGGAAACAGGAGCUCCUGGACUCGAUACUGAGCCCCUCAAAGAGUCCUGGCCCCGGUCUGAACCAGGACCCUCCACACACUCCACGGAUUAAAGAGGAGCCACGGGAGCCAGAGGAGCCAGAGGAGCCAGAGGAACCAGAGGAACCAGAGGAGCCGAGCGUCAAACAGGAGGAACACGCGCUCCUAGUACAGGAGAGUCUAAACACAGUCGAAACACAGGGAGAGAACAUCAGCACAGAGACACAUUUACACUCCUCUGACACUGAUGAUAAAGUCUGGAGAGCUCGGUUCAGCUGUUCAGCUGCAAAGAUGGAGACAGAUGCUGAUGGACACCACGACAACCAAGUCCAGAAAGGUCAAAGGUUGAGAGCUUUGGUGAAUCAGAUCUUUGCGCUGUUUGAAAGAACGAUAGAGGAGUAUGAGAAGGAAAUGUGUCAUUCCAAAGAGGAGAACCAGAGGAAACAGAAGCUCCUGGAUUUGGCUCUGGGCCCCUCAAAGAGUCCGGGCCCCGGUCUGAACCAGGACCCUCCACAGACUCCACGGAUUAAAGAGGAGCCAGAGGAGCCGAGCGUCAAACAGGAGGAAGACGCACUCCUAGUACAGGUCUCAGUGGGCGUCCCAGAGUCCAGUGCUGUUUGUGCGACGACAGAAGAGUCCUCACUGCUUCAGCAACGACAAACUGAGCUCAGAGAGGAAACACAGGGAGUCCUGAAGUGUGCGUCGUGUAGCAGAUGCAGGCCCAUUUAUGGUGGCACAGAAUUAUCAACCAAGAGGUACAAGCAGAUGAUCCAGCAGGACUCUCAGUGGAUCUGCUUUGAAUGUCAGCUUCCAAAAUGCACAACAGCAGAACAUGAGGAGCCAGAAGAACAUCACAGUUCACCUGAAGUCAUGUCUUCCACAGCGUCAGAGGAAGACACCUACAUAGAGAUGGACGUAGAACUGCCUCCACCUUCACCUGUGGGUCUAAACACCAGCUUCACCGCUGAAAGAUCAAGUCACCCACAACUUCUACCUGCCAGUGAGGAUUCUGCUGGUGAGGAGCAAAUACCAGAUGUUCUCAUGGACGACUCUAUUGUCACAUACAAGAUUAUCGAAGGCGGCAACAGGAAAGGUGGUCAGCUGCUCAGUGACUCCCUUGGAUUUACCUACUCCAAGAAACGUCAGUCUGGUGUGGCGGUUACUUGGAACUGUCGAACUGGCAAGAAGUGUCCGGCGACGGUGCGACAACCACUGGGAACCACCACCUUCACUCGUGGACCAAGACACCAUAAUCAUCCCAGCAAUCCAGGAGCAGAGCUGAAGUCAACGGUGCGUGCCAUCGUGAAAGAAAUGGCAAGGAAGGAGAUGUUUGCUUCAUCUGGUGCCAUUGUGAGCCGAGCUUUAGCGAGCAUUGACUUAGAGCAGAGUGGCAAGGAGCUACCAAAUGUGAACACUUUGCUGCGUCAGGCCAAUCGCGUGAGGCAAAACUUGAGACCAAACCAUCCAGUGAGUCUAGACUUUGAACUGGACAGUGACAAUGUUCCUUCUGAGGACAUUGAGUAUGAAGGACAGCGUCACAUAUUAUCUACAUCCCAACAGUUGGAUUACCUAGCCAGAGAAAAAGUGUAAUUAAUACAAUAUAUAUAAUUUUAAAAAAAAGUUGCUGUUUUUUUAUUUAUGUAGUAACUAUGGCUACGUUCAGACUGCAGGGCUUAACGCUCAAUUCGGAUUUUUUUGGGAAAUCCAAUGUUUUUACGAGGUCGUUCACAUUUCCAGUUAAAUGCGACUUGUAUGUGAUCUCCAGUGUGAACAUUAAACGGCCCAAAAGUGUCCCGCAUGUGCACUGGAGACACGACGACGACAACCGCAGCGAGCGUGCUCUGUGUUUACGGAAGUUGUCCAAACAUGGACGCGAGCAUUGAGCACCUGGAGAUUUUAAAGUUCCUCUCGUACCGGAGCCAGAACAUGAACAACUUACUUGUUUAAAGGAGGAGAUUGAGAAGGAGAAGGAUGAGGUUUUUGGCAGUGGUGUUUUGUGAGACAGUCCGUUGAAAGGAACGUGUGGAUGUGCAGACGUAGCCAAGAGUGGUGAGUGGUGAUGUGCUUCACUUCAGUGACACGGAGUUCAUUAACAAUUUUCGCCUAUUUCAGCGCAGAAUAGUGACGUUUGUGGCUUGUUGAUAACGUGUAGGUCGAAUGAAUGCGCUUUGGCCGUUCAGACUGAAGUCGCAUGUCAAAAGAUCGGAUAUGUAUCGGUUUUAGGAGCACAUAUCCAAGUGGCCUGGGUCACAUUUGAAAAAAUCGUAUCUGUGUUGUUCAGACUGUCAUUAAAAGAUCAGAUACAAGUCACAUAGAAGCCAAAAAAUCUGAUUUGGGUCACUUCAGGCUGCAGUCUGAACGUAGCCUAUUUGUCAAAUAAAAGUAACAAACAAAAGCGGUGAGCAAACUCAGAACUGAACAUAACUCAAAUAAUCAUCUUUGGGCACCAUGGGUAUUAGGGGUGAGCAAAAAUAUCAAAAUAUCGAUAUAUCGUAUCAUUUAAUGUGAUGAUGCAGUAUUGAUAUCGUGGGCUGCUGUAUCGAUAUGUCGCCAAGCAUACUUUUUAGAAUAUUUUACUAAAUUAUUUUGUCACAGCUCUACAGUUGUGUUUGUUCAGAGGAAGGAAACUUGUUUACGUGACACAUUUGACAUUUUCACUGUUUUGAUGAUUAAAAUGUUUGUGUUUCAUAUGAACUUUGCACAAGAAAAGGUUUAACAAAGAUUUUAGUAUCACAGUCACACAUUAUUUUUAUUGAACCAUAUUGAAUCGUUUUGAAAUACCAUAUUUUCCGGGCUAUUAGGCACUCUGGAUUAUAAGGCGCACUGUCAUUAAAUGAUCUAUUUUCAAACUUUUUUCACAAAUAAACUGUA